CGGAAGAGCACCACUCAUCCCACAUCGAUCGACGCCAAACUAGCUAGCUACUAGCAAAUUGAAGCCAAGAUGAAGAAGACCAUGGUGCUCUACCCUGGCCUCUCUGUCAGCCACUUCCUCCCGAUGAUGAAGCUCGCCGACGAGCUCGUGGAGCACGGAUACGCCGUCACCGUCGCACUCAUCGACGACCCGCUCCAAAAGCAAAUCGCCUUCACGGCCACCGUCGACCGCGUCAUCUCGUCCAAGCCCUCCAUAUGCUUCCACAGGCUACCACGCGUCGACCACCUUCCCGCCGUCACCACCAACGACGGCGAAUUCUACCUCCCCGGGUAUCUGGACCUCGUGAGGCGACACAACGAGCCCCUCCAUGGUUUCCUCUCUUCCCAUUUCCGCGGAGGCAUACAGGCCCUCGUCGUGGAUAUGAUGUCCGUCGAAGCGCUCGACAUAGCUGAGAGGCUCAAGGUCCCUGGCUACCUCUUCCACCCAUCGAAUGCAAGCCUUUUUGCCUUCUUCCUCCAGAUUCCGUCCAUCUGUGCAGAGAGUAAACGGAGCUUCAGUGAGCUAGGAGACACCCCUCUCGAGAUCCCUGGCCUCCCUCCCAUGCCGGCCUCCCACUUCAUCGACAAUCGGCCCGAGGAGCCGCCUGAGAGUGAAGUGUACAAGGCCGUGAUGGAUUUGGUUCGCAGGUACACUAAUAAAUGCUCCAAUGGCUUCCUCGUGAACACUGUCGACUCGCUGGAGGCACGGGUGGUGAACACGCUCAGGCACGCACGCCGUCAAGGCGGCCGGGCGUUGCCGCCGUUCUACUGCGUCGGGCCGUUGGUCAACAAGGCCGGCGAAAGGGGAGAGCGACCCGAGAGGCACGAGUGCCUCGCAUGGCUCGACCGGCAACCGGACCGCACCGUCGUGUUCCUCUGCUUUGGUAGCACCGGCAUUGGCAACCACUCCACGGAGCAGCUCAGGGAGAUCGCCGUCGGCCUGGAGAAAUCCGGCCACCGUUUCCUGUGGGUGGUGCGCGCCCCCGUCGUCAGCGACGAUCCCGACAGGCCGGACCUCGACGCGCUCCUCCCGGCGGGGUUCUUGGAGCGAACCAGUGGCCAAGGCGCCGUCGUCAAGCAAUGGGCGCCGCAGGUGGACGUGCUCCAUCACCGGGCCACCGGCGCGUUCGUGACACACUGUGGAUGGAACUCGGUGUUGGAGGGGAUCACCGCGGGCGUGCCAAUGCUGUGCUGGCCGCUCCACUCGGAGCAGAAGAUGAACAAGGUUCUCAUGGUGGAGGAGAUGGGCAUCGCCGUGGAGAUGGUCGGGUGGCAGCAGGGCCUUGUCACGGCCGAGGAGGUGGAGGCCAAGGUGAGGCUGGUCAUGGAGUCCGAGGCAGGCGUCGAGCUCAGGGCGCGCGUCACGGCGCACAAGGAAGCCGCGGCCGUGGCUUGGACCGACGUUGGCUCGUCGCGCGCUGCGUUCACAGAGUUUUUAUCUAACGCAGACAGCCGACAGACAUCGUGAGUUCGUGGCCGUAUCGUGAACUCCGGACAUGGGUGGAGGCAUAAGUCUAACGGGUGACCGUUCGAGCGCAGCCCGGACACGCUAGCGCAUUCGGCCCAGUCCACAUGCAUUAGGCCAAUCAUGAUAUGCUAUUCCAAGAAAAACGUACUACCUCCGUUUUUUAAUAGAUGACACCGUUGACUUUUUCUCACAUGUUUGACCAUUUG